AUGAAGUCCACCACAGCACUGAGAGCCCGAAGGGCGGCGGCCAUCCUGGCCAUAGUUCUGGCGGCAGCGCUCGCCAUGGCCGUGAACGCCCAGCAGUGCGGCUCGCAGGCUGGCGGCGCGACGUGUGCAAACUGCCUCCGCUGCAGCCAAUACGGGUACUGCAGCAGCGACGACCGCUACUGCGGCGCCGGCUGCCAGAGCCAGUGCGACGGCUGUGGUACCGGCGACCAGGGCGUGUCGUCCAUCCUGUCCAGGGACCUCUUCGAACGGCUCCUCCUUCACCGCAACGACAGGGCGUGCCUGGCUCGCGGGUUCUACACGUACGACGCCUUUCUUGCCGCCGCCGCCGCAUACCCGUCCUUCGGCACCUCCGGGAGCACGGAGACGCGGAAGCGGGAGGUGGCGGCCUUCCUCGGGCAGACCUCUCACGAGACCACCGGUGGGUGGGCCACGGCACCAGACGGCCCCUACUCCUGGGGCUACUGCUUCAAGCAAGAGAAAGGGGAUGGCACACCGAAAAGAUACUGCGAUCCGAAGCCGGAGUGGCCGUGCGCGUCAGGUAGGAAUUACUACGGCCGCGGCCCGAUCCAGCUCACCUGGAAUUACAACUACGGCCUGGCAGGGCGUGCUAUCGGGAUGGACCUGCUGAACAAUCCGGACCUGGUGGCGACAGACCCAACGGUGUCGUUCAAGACCGCGUUGUGGUUCUGGAUGACGGCACAAGCGAACAAGCCGGCGUCGCACGCUGUGAUCACGGGUCAGUGGACGCCGUCGGCCGUCGACAACGCCGCCGGCCGGUUGCCUGGCUACGGUGUCAUCACCAACAUCAUCAACGGUGGGAACGAGUGCGGAAAGGGGCAGAACCCUGAGGUGGUUGACCGUAUCGGAUUCUACAAGCGCUACUGUGACGUCCUCGGGGUCGGCUACGGUAGCAACCUUGACUGCUACUACAACCAGAGGUCAUUCAAAGACGGGCUCUCGGCUGGGCUCGCAUCACAGUAAAAACGACUGGUCACACUAAGGUUUUCGUACGUGCUAAGGGUGUGGGUUCUCGAUCUAUGCAUGUGUAAGGGUGAUCAUCAAUAAAUAAUCUUGAGGUGUUUUUUUACGUAA